GGAGUAGGACGCGCCCCGUCCCGCCUCCUUCCCCCCGCCAGCAGGCGGCCAUGGGGCCGGUGGGUACGGCGGCGGUGCGAGAUGGCGGCGCCGCGCUGCCCGGCGGCUUCUGGGCGGCGGUGCGCGUCUGGCUGGAGAAGCCGCAGGUGGCCAACAGGCGGCUGUGCGGCGCUGCCAUCGAGGCGGAGGGGACGGUGCUGCUUGGGGAAGGCGAGGAAGGGUCUCCCCGUCUCGCCACCGAGCCGGGAGGAGGGAGAGAAGAGGGGGCUGAGGAGCUGAGCCGGCUGUGGAGGGAGGUGAGCGGGCACCUGCCGUCCUCCCUCACGGCCCGGGGCCGGCCGGGCUCCGAGCUCCGCGCCGUGCUGAGGACGCUGCUGCCCCGAGCGAGGCCCGCUGGGCCCCCCGCUCCUCCGACGAAGGAGCUGGUGGUACAAGAUGUUUACAAUAGAACUGUGACCUUUCUGCCUUUGGAGGAAAACAAGGAAGGAAAAUACCAGAUUAAAAAGUGCAAUAUUUAUGAAAUUCAGCUUACGCACAUAAAAGAUGAAGAAUGGUCUGUGUCUAUUGUAGCUCUGUCUUCAGAAGAUUGGUUUUCAGAUGGAAUUACAUACCCCAAACUAGCAUGGCUUGGAAAUGAGCUUUUGCCCAAACUGGCUAAGUGGUCUGUGGAGCAAAAGCACAGUGAGUUUAGAAGUACGCUGUCACUCAUUUCUGUAGCAAAGUACAGCAAGGUUUAUCAAAACCUUAAAGAAAAAUACAAGGAGAUGGUAAAGGUAUGGCCUGAAGUAACAGAUCCUGAGAAGUUUGUAUAUGAAGAUGUUGCCAUUGCUACUUACUUGCUGAUUCUCUGGGAAGAAGAAAGAAAGGAAAAAGGAUUGGCCAAGAAACAGUCAUUUGUAGAUCUAGGAUGUGGAAAUGGUCUACUGGUCCAUAUUCUAUGCAAUGAAGGGCACUCUGGUAGAGGAAUUGAUGUGAGGAGAAGAAAAAUAUGGGACAUGUAUGGACCAGAAACUCAUUUAGAGGAAUCAUCUAUCAUGCCGGGUGAUAGUCAUCUCUUUCCAGAUACUGAUUGGCUGAUAGGAAACCAUUCAGAUGAAUUAACACCAUGGAUACCUGUAAUUGCAGCCAGGUCUUCCUAUUCGUGUAGCUACUUUGUGCUGCCAUGUUGCUUCUUCGAUUUCCAUGGAAAAUACAGCCGAAGACAAAGCAAGAAGACACAGUACAGAGAGUAUCUUGAUUUUGUUACUGAAGUGGGAUCUGUAUGUGGUUUUCACGUGGAAGAAGACUGCCUUAGAAUUCCAUCAACAAAAAGGGUGUGCCUUAUUGGAAAAAACAGGACCUAUUCAACUACAGAAUGUGCUUUGAUUGACAAUCAGAUAACACGGUAUAUUCAUAAUCGUCAGACUUGUGCUGUGGUUGCAUGUGACAGAGGAGUUGGAUUUAAUCAUAAAGAUUGCUCUGAUGUAUGCAAAGAAGCAGGCUCGGGACUUUCUGACAAUGAAAUGGAAACUUCUGGUAGAAUUUGGAUGCCUGGAUUUCAACCCAGAGAAAAAGUAGAACAAAUCAGAAAUUGUGCUGCCCUCCCUCGAGAUUUUGUAGAUAAUGUGGUUCUGAAUGUGGCAAAUUUGCUGUUAAAUGCGGUCCCCCAAAAAUCAUGUUCUAAUACUCAUGGUGGAAAUAUGAAUACCUGGAAUCAAGGAGAAAGCCUUUCCUUGAGAGAAGUAGCAGAAUAUUUAAAUAAAGAGACAUUAAAGAGGCUGAAGAGUGAAUAUGGAGGCUUACAGACACUGCUCAAGAACAAUCAUCAAGUAUUUGAAGUUCUAAAUGGGAGAGUUCAUAUUCGUGACUGGAGAAAAGAGAAGCCAUCAAGGAAAACUAAGCCUGAAGUAAAACGAUACCUUUCAGCUGAAGCAUAUAAAACACGUCUCUGUUGGUUUUUCAUUCAUCAUCCUAAUGGUUGUGCUUUGCCUUCUGAAUCUUGCCCAUAUGCUCAUGGGACUGAGGAGCUAAGACAGUCUCAGACUAUUAAAAAGAAAAAACAUAUACAGUGAUAAAAAUCUGACACUUAUGUUUAGGUUUGUGUGCAUAACUGAAUUUGACUGACUUUGGGAUCACUUAGUGCAUGAAGACAUGUAAAGUUUGGAGUUUUUUUCUCAUUUCUAUGUAUCUUAUUUUUCUAGUUGGUUUACAAGUUCUCCUGUACUUUAAUUCUUUUGUUAUUGACAUGGAAAGGUUAUAGUAAAGUAUAUACAUACUUCUGGAUUUUGUUUAUUUUCUUUAAAAGAAUGGCUUGACUGACAUGGAUUUGUCUAAGUGCAAAAGUUUAUGUUCUUCACAGUCCUCGAUCACAUCAAAUUAACAUGAUGCAUUUGCAAACCCUAACAUUUAGUUGUUUUGCUCAAUACUUUCCAGGAUGAUUUAUGGUUUCUUAAAACUCACAGUGUCUCUUGGGAGUAGAAAUGGAGAGGCUUCACUCAUUUCUGACUUGUGACAGCCUCUUUACUGUGGAGUAAUGCUAAUUAUUAUCCUUCCUUUCUUGGCCAGACCUAGUCUAACAAAAUGAUAGUUGGACUGAAGAAUAACAUUCUGGGAAGUUACGGAGGUUGGAGAAACCGCAUAGGAACUGAUUACAGGACAAGUAGGUUUAGGACUAUGGGUGACUAACACAUGUAAGAACGCAUGGACUCUGAAUCACAAAGAAUGGAAAUAAUUCAAGACCAAGCAAACAAACAGUGAAAGAUGACACUGGAAAAGGUUUACAAAAGUUUCAAAGCCACUUUAUUUACUUCCUUUGCUUUCAGCCAACAGAUUGCAAAGAACUCUCUGAAGUGUCAUGUUCCUCUCUUCUCUUCCAUUUCUCUUUUGAUCCUGGAAAAAGUGGCUCUUGGUAGAUAACAGCUAACCUAGGUUGGUUUUUAAUUACAUCUUUUCAAUGAAAGGGGAAUGAAAUAUGUGUCUGGCUCACUGAAGUUACAUCCGGUAAGACUAGUAUAUUUGUAUAUUAAAUUUAAAACUAAUUUUUGUUUUUCUUUGUGCAAUGCUAUGAUAAUUAGUAUAUUAGUAUAGUACGCUACUUCUGUUGUAUAGACCCAGUUCCCUAAACUCACCAAUAUACAGUUCUGUCACAGAUUCCUGAUGGCUGUUUUUUCAGUUUGGCAUUGCUGCAGGUGACAAGCCAUCCAAUAAAUCUGUACUUUCCUGCUCUUUGGAGAGGUGGUAGGAGAACGCUCUUUCCCCUCAUUUUGGGGUAGAAAUGUUAGCCUUGUAUAAUUCCAAAAGUAAACCUGAAGGCAACUGCCAAAAGCUU